CCUUGCUUUUGUGCUUUGUACUCACGGAAAAUAGUCACAUCUGUAGCUGUAAUUUUCAUCUUCACCAAGUUACUGUUGAUCUAGAUCUGUUUUAGAAUCAUCGUUGGGCUCAAUUUGGAAACAAAUGGCCAACAUUUUAGCUACAAUAUUGACAAUCGGGAUUGUCGUGGCAGCCUACUUUUACUACAAACACGUAACUAGUCAAUAUAAACGUGUUCUGGCAGUUUUAGAUGGACUAAAACUUGUAGAACAAGAAAACCCUUUGAAAGGAACACCCAAGGUGGCAUGUGGCUUCGAGGCAAACGUGGAUUAUUUUGUCGAUUCUCUCGACCUCUUAGAAGCGAUGAACCUAGAGCCACCUAAAGAAGCAAAGGCGCACGACGUUGUCAAGUCCGAGAAGGAAUUUCUAGAAACCUUUGCGUUUUUCUUUAAUCAUAGUGCAGCCUCAUCGUAAGUAUUUAAUACCACUAAACUAAACAAACUUUCAUAGGAAUUAUCACAUUUUCUUGAAGUUUGGGUUAGCCUACAUUACAUAUGAUUAAUGUUAAAGCAUCAGUCAAUUCCAGCUUCGCCCAGCACCACCCCCCCACUUCCCAGGGCUACUGCGGGGCAUUUGCCCGCCUUGUUAGGCCCGGGGGUGGGGCAUUUGCAAAUUUUGUGCUGUGUGCGGGCCGGGCAUUUGCCAACCCUAGGGCCAUUCCAGGGCUUUUGAUACGCAGGUGGUUUCCUAUCAGAAUAUAACUUACACAGAGGGUUUUACUGGGAAAGAAAGUGGAUUGGCUCGUCUGUCAAGGACAGUGUGAGGAAAAAAUUGAAGGGGUUGUAAAGGCAUGUUCUUGAUUUUAUGCAUGCAUUUCUUCAUUACUUAUCAAGCCAGAAUUACAUAGUGAAAUCGGGAGCUAUCGACACUAACCAACGUGUUUUGGUAUUGAAUCAAAUUUCUGUUGAUAUUAUUUUGAAAAACAACCUCAUUAUAUAUAAAACUAUUCAUAAAAUGUAACUUUAGAGCACUCUAUUGAUUUAAAAUAUGUCAAUAAUUUUACAUCACUGCUAAAAUUAUAAACUGGUGCAUGUCUUUGCUGCGUGAAGUCUUAGGUAGAAUCCAAGCGAUAUUACAAAGGAAGAUGUUAAUUGAAGCAAAAAAUCACACAUUAAAAUGCUUAAAACGGCACUAUUCGACUGUGCGAUCAAUGAAAAAUGUUGCAGUGUUGAUGGAGGAUGGGGCAAUUCCCUCUUUUUCGUUCCUACCCCAGGGCUUUUUUUUUUUUGUUUUUUUUUUUAAAUAUAUAAUUCUUUAUUGAAACAAAUUGAUAUUAAUACAGCAAAUUAGUUACUUACCUACAUAAUUAUAAUGUUACAACUAAUACCACUAAUACUAAUAAUAUAAUACAACAAAUUAACACUGAUAUUCAAACAAACUAGAAAUGUUUACAAAAUAUAAUGUAAAUAAUAUAUUAAUUACAUACAGAAAGUGGAUGCAUAUUAAAACCUUUAAAUAGUCAAGCAUUUACAAGAGGCGACACUAUCCAUUUAGCUUCAAAGAAAUCCUUUGCUUUUUUGCUUUGCAGACAUAUAUUUUUCCGUUUCAUAUUUUACAGCAAUUUUCUUUUUAAAUCCAUAUAUAUUCGGAAGAAUUUGACUUCUUCUACAAUCCCACAAGUACUAUUUCCCAAUCAUAAUUAGAUAGUUUAGAAGCUUAGCAGAAGGGGAGUUUUGUCGUAUCAUUCCAACUAAAACAUCUUGCAACGAAAGUCGAAUGUUUUCCUUUAAAAGUUGGUGCCAAAAUACUUCGAAGUCACGCCAGAAAUCUACCGAGAAAGGACAAAGAUAUAGGAAGUGAUAUAGCGUUUCUGGUUCAGAUGAACAAAAUGAGCACGAGUCAUUCAAUUUAAAGCCAAUUUUGUAAAGUUUAGCAUUAGUAUAGAGAAUGGAGUUAAGAAUUUUGUAUUGAAAUGCCUUAACAUAUGCUUCAAGAGCAACACUAUGCGGGAUCAUAAAAAUUUGUUUAACUUCCUCGAGUGUGAAAUGAAAUUCAUUUUGCAGCUUGUUUACAUUAGUUGGAAAGAGAGCCUUUCUGCUUACAAGUAAAGUAUAAUAGUCUUUAGAUUUUUUCUUUGUGACAUCAAAUAUAUUAUCGUCAAUUUUUAGAGAAAGUUCACCUGUUGUUGAUUUAUGAGUCCAAAUUUUUAAAAUGGAAGGGAUGGAGUGUCGAAGACCUGCCCAAACUAAAAAAUUAGUUUCAGAAAUCUUGUUAGAAACUAAGGAAAAGGAAUCUUUGUUAUUUAAGUCAAAGGAUAGAUCGCUGAUGUGAACUACACCAGCUUCGAAAUAGCUUUUAUAAUAAACUGUUUUAUUAUUAAUGAGUAUUUGUUUGUUAUUCCAAAGAAUAUAACGCCAGUCUUUUUCUGAAGAGAACGUAUCUCUAAAUUCUGACCACCACUGCAGUAAUUCUAGAUAGAAUAGAGAAAUAUUCAGUGGAAGGAUACUAACAUCAUAAUUGCAAUGAAACAAGAAAAGGCCGCCAAAGCGUUCUAGAUGAUGUGUCAGAUACCUUUUCCAGGUGCCAUCAUUUGAGCUAGCUAUUCUUUUUUAGCCAUGCCAAUCGAAGCGAUAUUAUCAUGCUAUCAAAAUCAAUCAUCUUUAAUCCUCCGUUGGAGUAUUCAUUUAUCGCCGAUCUGCGUGUGACUUUAUCACGACCAUUCCAUAAGAAUUGAAAUAAUAACUGGUUUAACUGGCUUACAAAUUCUUUUGGGGUAGGUAUUAAAGAUGACACAUAAACAAAUUUCGGGAUUAAUAGAGAUUUGAUAAGUGUAAUUUUGCCAUAAAUAGAGAGUCCUCUAGAGGACCAAAUUCUAGUCAGGUUUUUAAUACUGUCUAAUCUUUCUAUGAAAUUCUUUUCAAGAAGCAAUUUUUGAUCAUACGUGUAAUAAAUUCCUAAAGCCUUUAUCGGUUCGUUAGGCCAUUUAAUUCCAAAAGGCUGUGCUUUGCAGUUCCUUGAAGAACCUAUCCACAUAGCUUCCGUUUUGGAACAAUUAAUUUUUAAGCCAGAGACAAUCUUGAAAUCAUCUAACAGCCUAAAAAGGGCAGUAGCAGAGCUUGUGUCGGCAAGUAUUGCUGUCGUAUCAUCUGCGUAUUGAAGAAUUUUUGUCUCCUCACUCCCAAUAGAGAUACCAUUGAUAUCUUUAUUUUGUCGAAUCGCAAUUGCUAAUGUUUCUAUAGUAGCUACAAAGAGGUAAGGAGAGAGCGGGUCCCCCUGCCGUACCCCACGUUCAAGAUUAAAGUAUUCAGAUGAGAGUCCGUUGUUUAUCACACAGCUUUGUAUGUUUCUGUAGAACGUUUGAACCCAAUGGAUGAAAUUAGGGCCAAAAUUGAAGGAUUUCAAACAAUAGAGAAGAAAUUCCCAUUCUACGCUAUCAAAUGCCUUUUCAAAAUCAAUAAAUAUCAUUAGUCCUGGAAUAUUUUCUUUUGCAGUGAAAUCCAUAAUAUCGAAAACUGAUCUAAUUGUUUCGCCGAUAUAUCGGUCUUUCACGUAUCCAGUUUGGUUAUGGUGUAUAAUAUUUGGAAGAACAUUUUUAAUUCUAGUGGCGAUCACUUUGGACAUAAUUUUUGUGUCAACGUUUACGAGAGAGAUUGGACGCCAGUUCUCAAUAUAUGAACGAUCUUUUCCUUUUUUUUCUAUUAGAGUAAUUACCGCUUGUUUUUGAGAACAAGACAUUUCACCUUUUUCAAAGCUUUCGAUCACGCAUUUAAGAAAAGGAUCGCUUAUUAAAGGCCAGAACACUUUGUAGAAUUCUAUAGGAAUUCCGUCAUUCCCGGGAGUUUUGUUGGUUUGAAAGCUUUCGAGGAUAUUGUAACAUUCCUCAGCUGAAAUUUUGCCUUCGCAGGUCAACUUUUGUUCUUCGGUUAAUUGAGGUAUAUUUAAAUUCUCUAGAAACUUUACAAUGUUCUGACGGUUUUCCGCAUCACUAUUUGAACUUUUGUAUAACUCUCGAUAAAAACGUUUUUGUUCUUGAAGAAUGUCAUAGGGAUCUGUCUUUACGACGCCGCUGAUUACUAGUUUCCUUAUAUGCUUUUUUACAUGAUUUCUUUUUUCUAAGUUUAGAAAAUAUUUGGUACUUUUCUCGCCGUGUUCAUGCCAACGUGCUCGGGCGCGGAUUAUUAUUCCGUUGACUUUUUCAUCAUAAAAUGAUUCGAGCUUAUCCUUAGCCGCAUUUAAAUUGUUGCCAUUCAAAUCAUUGGGGUUCGUUUCGAAAGCCUGUUUCGCUUCAGUAUAUUCUUUUUCAAGUUUUAAUCCUCUUUCGUUUCUCUCCUUUGCCUUCUUUUUGGAAUAUUUUAUAGCAUGCGCUCUUAUGUUAUAUUUUAUCCAGUCCCAGAUGUUACGGUGGUCGGAAAGUUCUUUUCGGCCUUCCGUGAUCCAAAUUGGUACCAUUUUUGUAAGGUCAUCAAUGUACUCAUCAUCCUCCAAUAUGGAGGUGUUCAUCUUCCAGAACCCAGGACCCUUAGCCUCUUUGUCCACGUUCCCAAAUUCUAAAUAGAUAGCAGAAUGGUCAGUUCUAAUGGCGGGGAUUAUAUUCGUGGCUUUGACCCAGUCAUGUAAAUUGUUAGAAAUCAACCAAUAAUCAAGGCGACAAAAUAUCGGCGGAGAUCGUUGACUCCAGGUAAAACUUUUAGUUUGCGGGUUUUGAACUCUCCAUAUAUCUACAAGAUCUAGUUGACUUUGGACAUCGUUCAUGAAAUUUAUCACAGAUUUCCUAGGCGUCAUUAUGCCACCUUUUUUGUCCAAUGUAGGAUUCAGAGGACAAUUGAAAUCACCUCCAAUCACAAUAUUUUCUUCUGAAUCUAAAUUUUCGGUCUGCAGCUUAGAUAACACAUUUUUGAGGAAUUUAAUGAUGUCUUCGUCUUUGUUUGGUGCAUAAAUGUUUACAAGAACAUACAUUUUAUCUUUGAUAGCGGCUUUAACAACGAUAUACCUCCCGAUGUAUCUACAAUUUGAGAGUGAAUAACGCAAUCAAGACCUUUUUGAUUAAGAUUGCAACACCUCGAGUUUGAGCUCCCGUGGGAGCAAAUAAGUUCUGCACCCCAUUCGUUUUUCCAAUUUAACUGUGUUGACAAUGUCGAAUGAGUUUCUUGCAGGAAUAUUAUAUCCGAGUUUCGUUUUCGACACCACGUGAAAAUCGUUCGCCUUUUUCUGAAAUUGCUUAGUCCCCUCGCAUUGAGAGAUAGUAGAUUAAGAGAAUGAUCGGUCAUUAGAGCUGAAUCGGGGAAGUGGUAUUAUAGAAGAAGUCAUAUAAAAUAAAAAUGAAAUCGAUGGUAUAGCAGAGUGCAAGAAAAUAUAGUGCACAUAAACGAUAAUAUUCGCCCUAAAAUAAAUUAUUAAUCUACAGAAAAACAUACAGUAACAUAUCAAGUAAGAAGUUUCCAGAGCAUUCACAUUUCUAAUUAAACAAGGAGGGUUAAAUAGUUUAACACUUAUUACACACAUAAACCUUGAACUAAACUUAACUAUUGAUGUGCUGUCGCGCUGGGACCGCUUUGGCUUUAGUUUCCGCUGUUUCUUGUGUCCAUAAUGAGACCGUAGUAUGGGAGAUUGGUUGUUUCUUCACCUCUGUAGAUUUGCCCGUUUAUAAUUAGCUUAUCAACUUUGAAAUAGGCUGUUUGCUUUCUCUGUUUGGCCUUUUUCAAGAUGGGAUAUAACGUUUUCUGUAUCUCAUCAAUUUCCCGGGGGAAAUCAUUCGCGAUUGAAAUGUUAGUGUUUUUCAAGUUUUUAACAAAAGACCAAACAUACUCCUUGUCUUGAAAGAAGCUAAAUUUAGCUAUAAUAGGCCUAGGUUUGGAGUUCUGUCCUUGACUGGUAUUUUUCUUAGUAGGGAUGCGGUGAACGCGUUCAAAAUGGAUCUGUUCGAUAUCUUCCUCUGGGAUCUUAAGUUUAUCGCGCAUCACUUUUUUCAAUUGAUCUUCAGCAGAAGUUGACUCACCUCUUCCUUCUGGAAUAUUAAACACUUUUAGAUUUUCACGUCUUGUGUAUGCUUCUAACUUGAUGUUGCGGCACUCAAGAUGUUUUAUUUUAGCACUGAGAUCUUCCAGAUUCUUUGCGUGGGUUUCCAGUGUUGCACACGUGGUGGUUGAAGACGAAUUUAGGUCGUCGAUGUCGGCUUGAGCGGUGUUCAGGCUUUCUUGUAAAUUUUUAUUUUCUUUUUCCAAUUCUGCCACUCUAUCUUGCAUAGCCUCUAACUCGCCGAGUCUUGUUAGCGCUUUGUCGAGCUUUUCACUGACUUCAUCUAGUUUGGCAAAAGCCCCACGACAAUGGCCGUCGGCUUCGUCGAACGCAUCUUCCCCGUCAGUCUGUGAGCCGCUUUCCCUUAACCGUUUACGACUAUCGGCUCGGGCGUCUUCUUUUCCCAUGUUAUUUAAGCGAAUGAAAGCCAAGCAGCCUUCGUUGAUUACAUUAUUUUACAAGUUUUGAAUUUCAUCUAAAGGAGCUAGCAAGAACACGUCCGCCUUCGGCGAAGGCCAGGUUACUUUUUGCCAGCUCAAGAAUCCCCACACCCGGGAAUUUGCCAUCCAAGGCCAAAAAAAUUCUAAUUCCCGGGGGGCCAGCCAGGGAGGGGGGGACUGGGCACAGCUGGAAUUGACUGAUGCAUAAUUCUGCACAGUUCCUGGGUCAGUAGUCCAUUUUACAGUUGUAGACUAAGCACCCUAGCCUUCAAGUGAAUUUGAGGUUGAGGUUGACCUUGUUUUGAUAAAAACCUCCUUUGCUUGGCUAUGGAAAUUGUCCAUAAAAAAUACUAGUUAGCAUAAGAACAACUUGAUUUACAUAAUAAAGGAGGAAGGUUUGUAUCAAAACAAGGUCACCUCCAGCCUCGCUUCCAUCCAUAAUGGCCUAUUAACUAUUUUUGAGUCCCUCAUAGUACACUCUGUUUGCCCCCCAAAUUUGGCAUGAGUUAUUGUCUUCAAAUGCUCUUUGGAAAAUGACUCCCAGUAGCAUUUGAAAACAAUGGUUUCUGCAAAAUUUGAGGGGCAAACAGAGGGUGUAUUAUGGGGGAUUUGAACAUAGAGAAUUAUGCAUAUUACCCUGACGUUACUUCUUGAACCAAAUAAAAAGUUUUAUUCAAUGUAUUGAGCUUAAUAAAACUUCAUUGAAAAAAUUCAAUAAAGUUCGGUAAUUGAGCACAAUCUAACUCUCACAAAAAAGUUAAAGCAAUUGAACUUUGAUGGGAUUGAGUUCAGUUAGGUUUGGUGGUCAGAGUUGACCAUACAUUUGAUUAAAAAAGCUGUGGGAUGUUAUACAGGUAAAAGGUUGUUUGGCCAAUAAGUCAUCUUGCAAAAAUUAAUGGACAUCCUGUUCGCUUACAACGCCUUAAGUCAUUUUACUAAUGUCAAACAAAAUUAGUUCAAACAAAAUUUGCUUUACUUGCUCAAAUUGUUCCGAUAUCUUAGUAAAUCACUUGAAAUCCAGAAAAGGAUCAGCUGAAGCAUUUAGAAAGUAUGCCAAAAACAGGCAGUCAAUCUUUUUUAAGUCAGAUUUUUGCAUUUACUUACAAAGUAUUUUCAGCCAUUGGCUUCAUGUUGUAAGAGUUUGUCAAGAUACAUAAUUCCGUUAGCCUGGGCAUGGCAUCAAUUCUUCCCUAGUAAGAAUCUUACGUACGUCCACUAAGCUUUCUUGUGACAAUUAAAAGGUCGCUAAUUUGAUGGGAACAAUCAGUUGUUGUUAAGUAAUUCAGUUCAUUGCAAUGCCUGGCUCAGUUGUUACGUGCAUGACUUUUUGGUAAGUUGACUCUAUAGGGUGAUAACUGUACAAAAUUGUAGUGGAUUGUACAUAAUUUUUUGGUAAAGAUACAGAUGUUCCACCUGAUUCUCUGUUGAGUCUUUGCUAAUUUCUAUGCUGCUUUCCUGAUUCUAUGCAUCUGAAAAAAAAUAUUCUUUAUUUUGAAUAAUGAUGUAGAACAUUCGAUUAAGUUUCACUGGAUUCCACUGAGUUUUCGGAAAUCAAACUUAAUGGAACUGUUAGGCAAAUUUAUAGGUUCAAUUGUGCUAAAUUUUUGAAUUAAGUUUGGUUGAGUUUGAUAAAUUUCGAUUCCUGGACAGUUUGAGUGGUGACGUCAAGAUAUUAUAAGGGGUUCCAACAAGACACUUACCCCUAGUCAGCUGACCUGUUGUUGACCCCCUAAUGGCCCCAUUUGACUCCCUCUAAAAUUCACAGUAAAAGGGACUAAUGACUUGAAUUAGGGUGGAAUACUAUUUUUGGCAGCUUCAUCUUUAAAUUCCUAAGAUUCACAGGUAAGAUCAUUGGUGUGAGAUGGUUGGUCAGUCUCAUGCCAUCAUUUCAAUGCCUAUUUAUCAGAAAUGUCAGUUUUUCUUUCAUAUUUGACCGUAAGUUUUUGCACACUUCCAAGGAAAAUGAAAAAAAAAGUAAUCAAAUAUUAUAAAAACAAACUAAUAUUCUUAUGUGGGGAGAUAUUGGAGAGCUUUAGAUUCUAAGACAUACACAACUAUGAGGACAAGCUCUUCUCAGGCACUCUAUGAACCAGGGGCCAUCAUUCUACUAUGAGUUUUAUCAAGAAUGUUAUUGUAAUGGUAGCAAGUUAUCAAAAUUAAUGUUAGAGGUUUUCUCAUUUUGCAAUCAGGUUAGGGCUUGACCUCCAAAAAUACAAUGAAGCUUUCCGGGUGUCUAUUUUUUUAGAAUAUGCGAAACAACUUUAAGUUCAAUUUCCUCCUAGUAGUGCUCAUUCUCCACCUUGAAUCUAAAGCUCACUUUUGAAUGUACAUUCUUGGAACAACUGGAAGAUGUCAUGUCGUGGCAGUUACAUCUCCCACCAUUUAAUAACAACUUUUUGCAGAAUUUUGCUUGACACAUUGAUCUGGCAUAUGGCUUUCUUUUUACAAUAUUUCCAGUUUUAACUUGAGAUAUAUGACAAGUCGAGUGAAAGUCUUAAGUUCGGCAGUGAAUGGAUGUCAGGACCUGUAAACAGAUGAAGAGUGUGUGUUACCCAAAAAUUGAUAACAUUGAAUGGAGGAAAAAUUAAUUAACUGUUGUGACCAAUAAUGUUGUUGAUUUGGCCAAUGUUAUCUAUUUUAAUCAAAGCUACCUGUUGAAUUUUAUUGGCACAAAAUAUCUGUCAAUGUUUUUCAAUGGGUGUCCAUGGCAAAGAAUGGCUUAAUGUUUCAAGAACAUAAGGUUUCUAUUUUUGUUGCUUUGGAUGGACAAGUUGUAGCAAUAAUUAGUAUAUUAAUUCCAUUCAACGGUUCAAAGAAAGGUUAACAUUAUCAAAUCAAAAAUGGGGUUGAAGAGAGCUAGUGCUGAUCAGAAAUCAGUGAAGUGCAAAUUGAAAGUAAAUGGAAAAGCAAAUAAAAACGUAUGAUAUCACUGAUCAAUAGCUGAACACAAGUCUUUCAAACAAAUGCCAGUUUUCCUCCUUAUUUAGAGACGGAUGGUGGGAUCCUUGAUGGCAUUGAAAUUGUUAUUAAAUAAUGAUAAAUUGUGAAAAUCAAUGAUGCUAACAGUGAAAAAAGUUGUAACCAUCAAUUUCUUUCGAUUAAUCAAUAAAAUGUUGAUAUGUAUGGAAUUUUUGCAGAUGUCUCUCCCUCAAAAUGUCCCUAGUGGCACGGGGCAAGGAGAGAUUGCUGUAUUCACAGGCUAAAGAUGAAUGAGUUAUCACUGAGCAACAAUGUAAUCUUGCCAUCCAUAUUUCUUUUUAUGGCUAAAUAUUUGUACUGUUUUCAUUUCUGGCAGACGCUACAUGAAAGAUAAGGAACUUUUUCACAAGAUGGUGGUCAAAGCCUUGACUCUAGAAGGAACACGUAAGCUUGUAGGAGGGAGUGGGUUGCAGAUCGGUAAAAGACUUGUUAAAGAGGGAUGCCAUGUCCUUGCUGCAGCUGAUUCCUCGGCAGAAUUGAUAAACAUGCUGCCAGAUAACAUGUCUGCCAUCGGAGACAAUGUUGACAUUGAUGAUAUCCACCUUAUACUAGAAUAUCUUGCACACUUGCCAUGGGGAACAUAUGAGUCACAGAGAGCUAAUAGAUUGGUUAUACACAGUGAUGAACAUAAUCCUUACCUAAAAUCACUGAACAAGUUUCAAGAGAAGGUUCAGCAGUUUUCACCAUCCAUUUUGGUAGUUGCAGGGCUUCAUAUGCUAGACAACUUUCCAGGAUUCCAUCCUGGGGAAAGCAAUGAAAUGUUGAAAAGGAUGUCAUCUUUUCUUGACAAAUCUCAAGUCCCUAUUCAUUUUGAAAUGGCACCAUUUCAUCAAGAAACAUUUUUUGAUGAACUGUUGCAGCAUGUAAUACCAUAUGCAGGUUCCAUGGGAAUGAAUGAACAAGAAUUGCCGAAUUUAUGGAGUAAACUACUUUAUGGAAAUAUUACCAUGGUAUCAAGCCAGAAACCCAGAGUCGCUACUGUACUUGAUUUGAUGAGAGAUGUGUACAAAGUUUCUAAAGAAAAUUACAAGAAUGGAAAAAAGAUCAGAGAGCUGACAAGAUUACAUAUACAUACUCUAGCAUUUCAAGCCAUUCUAACUACUAAAGGAUCAAACUGGAAGAAUACUCAAGCAGCUGUUGCAAAGGCUUCAUUGACAGCCACAAGGCAUGUCUGUGGCUCUGAGGAAAUCGACCCCAAGAAGUCAAAACUAUUCAUGGAUGAUUCAUUCUCCAAAAGUGUUGUACCCGGCAGUCCCAGAGUUCAAUUCAAUCCCAGUUCACCUGUGUCAUGCUGGGAGGAGCAUGAUUAUGAAAUCUGUGUGGCACCAGUGCUAGUCUGUACUCAGGUCCUGCAGACUGGAGGUGGUGGAGAUCAUAUCACAGCAGGUGGCUUGUUACUGCAGAUUUAG